UUCCUUCAUUUGGUUUAUAUUGUAUGUUGUUUAGUGUGCCAUUGGCGCUAACAACGUGCGGUUCGUUCUUGCGGUUUACUGGCAAUAGCUUGGGGCUUUAUUCAAAAGCCAACCAAAUCGCGUCUACUUCGUUGGCCAUAAGAGAAGGCAAGGAGCAAUCGCUGCUGACCCGUAAAGUAAAACCAGCUAAAUCUAGAUUUUGAUUAGUUCAAACCCGCAUUGUGCCCCUUAAGAAAAGUUCUUUGAACUUUUGACUAAACAAAGUACCCAAGCGGUUGUAUAAUACCAAUUUGUUUGUUGCAUUUUAAAUGCAAUUACUGAAUUUUAAUGGGUACUAUUGAUUCUUUUACCACUUGUGCGACGCCUUAGAGUAGGGGGCAAGGAGCUGGAUCGAGUCAAUGUCUUUUCUGUCGCCUACACUGCGCUUGGAGAAUCUGUCCACGCAGCCCAUCAUGACGCAGGAUCAUGUGCCAGAAGACCAGCGCUACAACAAACAGAAUAUAGUGGCCCAAUGGUGUGUGCCCAUCAAUGGAAAGAUGUACCGCAUCGAGCUGGAACAUGGCACAACUAGUGGGCGGCGCAUGAUUUGGGUCAAUGGUCGGGAGGUCCUGCGGCGUGACUGGAUGUUUAAACUGGUCGGUGAGGACACCUUUCACAUCGAUCAGUCCCGCUGCAUUAUACGCGUUGAUCCGGCACCUGGCUUCAAGUACGAGUACUCACUGUACAUCGACGGAAAGUCACACGAGCAGUACACAGAGGACGUAGCACGUCAGUACCGGCUGUGGCUCAGCACCUGCCAUUCUUCGAGCACCUCCGACACACCUCCGCAGGAGUAUCGAAUAAUGCUCAAGCUGGACACUCUGAGUCUCUACGUAAACGAUGACCUACGCCAGGAGGAGUCUGUUUUCGUUCACGGCGGAACGGACACCAAGUUCAUGCUGCAGGACACUGAGUUCGUGCUACAGGCACGCUCAAGUGGCAAUAAACUUGAUGGCAUUGUUCACACUCUGCUGGCCAACGGUGUGCCCGUGCCAGAGGCAAAGAUUCAAGAGAUUAUGCAAGAGCCCGUCUCCAUACUGCAGACCUAGUGUCCAACGAAUCGAUACCAUACGAUAAUAUUUUGCAUUUGUUGAUUUUU